AUGUUGAUAUACUUUUUGUUGUUUGUCUCGGUGGCUGGACUUGAGAAUGGGCUGGCUCGGCUGCCUCCAAUGGGCUGGAUGUCAUGGACAAGGUUCUACUGUCAGAUCGACUGCGAACGCCACCCAUUCAGUUGCAUAAACGAGUACUUGUACAAGAGUCAUGCUGACCGAUUGGCCUUGGAUGGGUAUCUCGAGGUGGGCUACGAUCGCAUUCACAUCGACGACUGCUGGGCCAACUGGCAGAGGGAUGGAAGUGGCAAAAUGGUGGAGAACAAGACCAGAUUCCCGUCCGGAAUGAAGGGAAUGGCUGAUUAUGUAGGUAUUGAGUAGAUUAGUGUCAGCUAUUCUUAUGUUAAACAUGAGUGUUAUCUUAUCAGACAUGUGCUUUUCUUACUGAUAUAAUCUACAUUAUAGUAUAAAAAGUAUUGUUUUUGGUUGUGAAAAUAAGUAUUAUUAAGUUAACUUGUGUGGGCAAAAAGUUUAGAGAACUUUAAAAUCUAAUUGUAAGAAGAAGUUAAGGUACGAUUAUAUUGUUUCAGAUCCACAAACUGGGCCUUAAGUUUGGAUCCUAUGGAGACUAUGGCUCCAAGACUUGUGCUGGCUACCCUGGCAGUAUGAACUACGAGAAGAUAGACGCCUUUACCUUCGCUUCGGAUUGGGAGGUGGACUAUGUUAAGUUAGAUGGCUGCAAUGCUAAUGCUGAUCAGUACAAGAAGGGAUACCCCUUGUUUGGGAAGUAUCUGAACCAGACUGGCAGACCUGUCGUCUAUUCCUGUAGCUGGCCUGCUUACAUCGACGACAAGAAGUCGAUCGACUACAAGACCAUCGUGGAGAACUGUAACUUGUGGAGGAACUACCAGGACAUCGCCAGCAGUUGGGACUCGCUCCUGGGCAUUAUCCAGGUUUACGUCAGGGAUCAGGAUCAGCUCAUUCCGAUUCAUGGCCCUGGACAUUGGAAUGAUCCUGAUAUGGUAUGUUGGCUGUGUCUUUAGGUGUUUUAAUAAGAUACGAUGAUUUUUCUAUUAAGUAUGAGGUUAUGUCACCGGUGACAUGAUGUCACCUUAUAUUAUAAUUAGAUUUACAGUUACUUUACUGUUUUUUAAAAUUUAUAUUGUUUUAGUUGAUCGUAGGCAACCCAGGAGUGUCAUUGGGAACAUCGCGAGUUCAAAUGGCAGUUUGGUCGAUAUGGUCAGCUCCGUUGAUCAUGUCCAACGACCUUCGUAUCAUACCACAAGAAUUUGCCGAUCUUCUCAAGAAUACCAGAGUAAUCGCGGUUAACCAAGACCCCUUAGGCAUCAUGGGACGAAUGGUCAAAAAGGUACUGUAACUUGUGAUUUAAGAUAACUUAGAUUAAAAAUGCGUUAAAAGGGCGCGAUAUUAACUGUUUUGGUAAAAAAAGAUUUGACUAAACAAAUUACUAGUUCUUUUGUUAUUAUGUGUCGCUUUAGACUCCACAAUUAUGGUACUUUGUGAAGCCGAUGACCCCUGUAUCAAAAGAUGGCAAACAACAUUCGUAUGCUAUCGCUGUCGUCAACUACUCUCGCCAUCCUGCAGUAAGUUUAUAUAGGUUUAUGUUACCGUAUUAUUAUUAUAAUUUAAAAUCUGUAUUUGAUCGGUGUACUGUAACUUCAGAAAUUCGAAUUUACUCUCGGCAACUUCAACAUCUCGAGUCCCAACGGCUUCGAGGUGCAAGAACUGUUUUUGGGCCAAAAAUUGGGUCAUCAUGACAAGAAUACAGUAAUCCAAAGCACUCUUCCGGUGCACGAUGCUUACUUUAUUAAGGCGACGAUAGUACAGUAA